UAAAAAUAGACUCUACUUGCACAGUUAGUGAGGCUUCUUUUGUCGUUCUGCUGCACUUCACAGGACCCAGUUACUUACUGCACCCACCUAAGCAUACAGUUUCUCACACAUCCUGAGAGCGCCACUUCAUGGACAAGAUGUCAUCAGGAAGCUGGAAUGCUGGGAAGAAAAAUGCAUAUACAGCAGUCAAAGUAGAUCCUGAUGAGGAUUAUUGUACCCCAGGGGCAUUUGAACUGGAGAGGCUCUUGUGGAAGGGCUGCCCACAGUACACUCAUGUCAAUGAAGUCUGGCCCAACCUCUACAUAGGAGACGAGAAAACGGCGCUGGACCACUACAGCCUGGAGAAGGCGGGGUUCACACACAUCCUGAACGCGGCGCACGGGCAGCGCAACGUGGACACAGGAGCGCGCUACUACAGCAGCAUGGCCCUGCAGUACCACGGCGUGGAGGCUGACGACCUCCCCACCUUCGACCUCAGCCAGUUCUUCUACUCGGCUUCCAAAUUCAUUGAUAAUGCACUUCAGGAUGAAAGAAGCAAGGUGCUGGUUCACUGCGCCAUGGGCCGCAGCCGCUCUGCCACGCUGGUCCUGGCUUACCUGAUGAUCCACAAGAACAUGACGGUGGUGGAUGCCAUCGAGCAGGUGGCAAGGCACCGCUGCAUCAUGCCAAACAGGGGCUUCCUGAAGCAGCUGAGAGAGCUGGACAUAGAGCUGGCACUGCAGAGGAGGAACAGCAAGAACAGCCUAGCACCUGCUGAGCAGCAGAACAGCACCACCAUCUAGCACUGCCCUGGCACAGCUGUGCUGCUGGAAAAGAAAAGAAACUCUGUAAAAGGAGGGGAGGGGGAAGUGUAGUUAAUUACAGAGUCACAGGGAUCAUUUGUUAUUUGCUAGGGAAAAAACCCAAAGUCAUUUCAAAUACAAUGUCAAGAUGAGAAAGAAGGGAAGCCAAACUUAAAAUUCAUCAUCUUAGAAAGUUCCAGCCUUAGCAGAAUUCUUUGUUACAUCAACAAAUAAGUUUUUCUCUCUGCAAAAAAACAUCAAACAUUUACAACACAAAAGCAAGCACAACUAAAAACUCUCUUCUAGCUAAGUACUCCCAAAAUUGUGAUCCUAACUCAAGUCCCCAGCCUUUAAAGUAGUGCAGAUAGGCACUCCUGAAGCAAUCUUGCAGGAAAAACACUGAAUUGUUUAGUCCGGAGUCUUGAAUGGUUUCACAGGAGUUUGCCUUUUUGUGCUGUUUUCUGGCAAUUUUAUUUCUUUUUUCACAGUGAUAACCCAGAGCAGCACAGCAGUUAGAGAGUCUCUACAUGAAGGAUCAACUACACCAUGAGCAUUUGCUUUACAGAGAGGAAUUCUGUAUCAAAUGAUAAACUAAAAGAUAAAUAUCUGUGAGGAUUUCCCUUUGUCAAGCUACAGUUGUCUUCUUUCUUGUAUCCUGCAUGAGAGCUUGAUGACUGCUGUAAGUGAAAGAGGAUUUGUCAUCGAUUCACAUGCAUAAUUGAUGACCCUCAGCACUACAGAAAAUUGCCAGGGCCAUUCCUUCCAUUUACCAUGCUGAUAUAAAUGGAGUUUGUUUCCAUCAACCACCCUGCCAGAUGGACAAAUUAAACAGCUUAUAAAACUGAGACACAUAGACAGUGAUCUAAAGUGGAAGAUUAGUACCUUUAGCAGUCCUUCAUUUCUGCUUGUAUGAGAGAUUCUUACACUGUUAGUAAAAAACUGGGUGCAUUUGCCCACUGCUGGGGGAUCAGGCAGCCUGAGCAUAACAACACUUACCAUUCCUGUCUUUGCUAAGGGCUGAGUGCAGCUUCCAGGAGAACUGGCAUUUGGCAGCUUCCACAUGAACUAUGUCCUGCUCCAAAGACAAGGAUCUUUCCUAGAACCAGGUCUUGCCUGAAGGACUCUGCUGGCACAGCUGUGCCAAUUAAACACCUCUGAAGUAAACAUACUUUUCAUUUACUUCCCAGCUUUUUUUUUUUUUGCCUACUGUUCUCUCAGAAUUAUUGAGAGUAAAUCAGAAAAGCAGAACUUCUGGAACACAUGACUUCCACAAAGUGAGGCAGCUCUUGCAAGCUGCUGAUUCACAAGUGUCAGCAGCACCGACUCCGCUCCAAGCCAGCUCUGCAGGAAACACACACUGAACAGGGCAAGUUGAUUUCCUUCUUGCCAGCCACCAGUGGCAUGGAGCAUUCUGUGAGAGUGCAUGGCCAAAGAGCCUCUUGCCUUUCACAAGAAUCACCUGUUGCAAUUCUGUGAAGAAUUUUUUGAAGACAGUAAAAGCAAGAGCUCAUUCCCCUGCGGGACAGUGCUAGAGGACACAGUCAAAACUGACACUGCAAGGUGCAUACAAGAUAGAGAACAAGUACAUCUGCCAAGGAAAAAACAACCUUCUUAUUUAUCAGAAAUUUUGGUGCCAUAAUGCAAUUCACAGCUAAACAGGCGCUAUGGGGAAAGAUGUAGCAUAGUUCCUUGUCCUCC